GUAACCAGGAUGCACUUCCAGUGGGACUGGCUGUGCUUGGGUGUCCUGAUCAUUAGCUCAGUGGCUGCAGAAAUGGAAAAUGAUGAAAUGCUGGAUGCCGAUGUUGAAGUAGAGGAUUUUGACAAGCAGCCUGAGGAAGCUGAUGUUGACAGGGAGAAAUCUUCCUUAGAGGUUGUGUACCAGACUCCAAAGCCAACUGGGGAAGUGUAUUUUACAGAAACCUUUGAUGAGGCAUUGACUGGGUGGGUGUUGUCUAAAACCAAGAAAGAAGACACAGAUGAUGACAUCUCCAAAUAUGAUGGAAGAUGGGAAGUGGAAGAGCUGAAAGAGAACUCAAUGCCUGGAGACAGAGGAUUAGUGUUAAAAUCAGUGGCAAAGCAUCAUGCAAUAUCAUCUAUGCUGACAAAAGCAUUUAUUUUUGAUGAUAAGCCUUUGAUUGUUCAAUAUGAAGUGAAUUUCCAAGAAGGCAUUGACUGUGGUGGUGCAUAUAUUAAACUUAUCUCCAGCAGUGAUGAUUUGAAUCUGGAAUACUUUUUUGACAGAACACCUUAUACUAUUAUGUUUGGACCAGAUAAGUGUGGAGAAGAUUACAAACUGCACUUCAUCUUCAGACAUAAGAACCCUAAAACUGGAGAGUAUGAUGAAAAACACGCAAAACGUCCUGAUGUAGACCUAAAAAAGUUCUAUUUGGACAAGAAGACACAUCUGUAUACUCUUGUGCUGCAACCAGAUGAUACAUUUGAAAUACUGAUCGACCAAUCAGUUGUCAGUAAAGGAAGUCUUCUUGAGGAUGUGGUUCCUCCAGUGAACCCUCCCAAAGAAAUAGAGGAUCCUAGUGAUAAGAAACCUGAUGAUUGGGAUGAGAGACCAAAAAUACCUGAUCCAAAUGCUGUCAAGCCAGAUGAUUGGGAUGAAGAUGAGCCUUCCAAAAUAGAAGAUCUUGAUGCUGUUAAGCCUGAGGGAUGGCUUGAUGAUGAACCAGAGUAUGUUCCAGACCCUAAUGCAAAAAAGCCAAAGGACUGGGAUGAAGAAAUGGAUGGGGACUGGGAAGCUCCUCAGAUCCCUAAUCCAAAGUGUAAGACUGCACCUGGUUGUGGGCUUUGGGUGCGUCCCAUGAAGAAUAACCCAAAAUACAAAGGGAAAUGGAAGGCACCUAUGAUAGACAAUCCUAACUAUCAGGGAAUCUGGAGCCCUCGGAAAAUACCUAACCCAGACUAUUUUGAAGAUCUUCACCCCUUCAAGAUGACCACUGUCAGUGCUAUUGGUUUAGAACUCUGGUCUAUGACAUCUGAUAUCUACUUUGAUAACUUCAUUAUAUGCUCAGAAAAAGAAGUAGCAGAUCGUUGGGCAGCAGGUGGCUGGGGCUUGAAGAAAUUAGUAGCAAGUGCUAAUGAGCCUGGUAUGUUUAGUCAACUGGUGACUGCUGCAGAAGACCACCCAUGGCUCUGGGUUCUUUACAUCCUGACUUUAGCCCUCCCUGUUGGUCUAGGUGUGUUGUUCUGCUGGCCAGCAAAGAAAACAGAUGAAGAUAUUGACUUCAAAAAACCCAAGGCAAUUACAAAGGGAGGACUAAAUCAAGAGAGAGGUGAGUUUGCUAAUGAAAUAGAAUUAGAAGAAGAAAACAAAGAUACAGCUGAAGAUGAGAGAGAAGAAAUGGAGGAAACAAGGGAUACAAAGAAGAUGGGAGUGGAGGUUCCUUCUUCAGAAGAGGAGGGUGAAGGUGGUGAAGAUAUUUUUGAUUAUGAAGAAAAUGAAGUUGCAGAGGGAAGUCAAGAAGAAGGUUAUAAGUCAAAUAAGUCUGGCUCAGAAGAUGAGAUGAAGGAAGCUGAUGACAGCACAGGGUCUGGCGAUGGCUCACUGAAAUCAGUGCGCAAACGACGAGUACGGAAGGACUGA